UUCAUUCGCGGAUCUCGCAUCGUCACAUUUGAAUGUUCUUGUUUCAUCACAGAGCUGCGGAUAUAGCGGCGGCUGACGAGAAGAGGAGGAGGAGGAGGAAGGGUGAGCGGCGUGCCGAGGGUUAACUUCCCCGAUUGUCAGCCUAAAAGGGGGCUUUUUGCACGAGGAGGAGGGGGCGAUGAGAUCAAGAUGCCCGGGUCGCUGAGCAAUGAAGACGAGGCGCAGGACGACAUGGAUUUUGACGACGAGAUGCCAGAUGAGGAGGACGUGCGCACGGCGCUGCCCCUGGCGUCCAUCGGCAGCUUCUUCUCAGACGAUGACGACUCCCUCAAGCAGCAGAAAAAGAAGAAGAGCAAGAAAAUGAAGGAGGAAAAGGUAGCCAAAGUCAAGAAGCGGAAAAAGGAGGGAGGCAUCCAUGUGAGCGUGGAUAGCGAUCAGGACCGAGUGUCCGAGGCGGACGAAGAGGUGGAGCAUCCCGAGCGGGGCUCCGGGAGCGAGAGCAGCAUGUUCGGACCCACCAAGAAGAAGAAGAAAAAACCCAGGGAGAAGAAAGAGAGGAAGCCCAGGAAGAAGAAGCGGGACGAGGAGGAUGACGAUGAUGACGAGGAUGAUGGGAACAUGAAGGAGCCGAAAUCCUCCAGCCAGUUAAUGCACGAAUGGGGCUUGGAGGACGUCCAGUACGGCUUCACCGAGGACGACUACAAGACCAUCACCAACUAUAAAGCAUUCAGCCAGUUCCUCAGGCCUCUCAUUGCCAAGAAGAACCCUAAGAUCCCCAUGUCCAAGAUGAUGACUGUCCUGGGGGCAAAGUGGCGCGAGUUCAGCGCCAACAACCCAUUCAAGGGGGCAUCGGCCACCGCUGUGGCCGCCGCCGUAGCCGCCGCUGUGGAAACGGUGACCGUGGCGCCCCCAGCCUCUGUCACUCAAUUGAGCGGUCAGCUCGGGCCCGUCAAAAAAGCCAAAACCAAAGAGGGAAAAGGGCCCGGUGCUCGAAAGAGAAGCAAGAGCGCAAAAGACGGCAAGAAGAAAGUGAAACCGAAGAAGACCAAAUCCAAGUCGGGCCAAAGCGGGAAGAAAAAGAAAGCAUCCUCGAGCGACGAAGACUUCCUGGACGAGUCGGACUUCGACGACAUCAGCAUCCUCAGUGCCUCGGUGCUUUGUGACGCCUCGGGGGCUGCCGUCGCUGCCAAGAAAAAGGCUAGACGCGGCCGCAAAAAGAGAAAAAAGGAGGACGGCGACGGCUACGAGACGGACCACCAGGACUACUGCGAGGUGUGUCAGCAGGGCGGCGAGAUCAUCCUGUGCGACACCUGUCCGCGAGCGUACCACCUGGUGUGCCUAGAACCCGAGCUGGAGAAGGCCCCCGAGGGUAAAUGGAGCUGUCCACACUGUGAGAAGGAGGGCAUCCAGUGGGAAGCCAAAGACGAGGAAGACGAGGAGGAGGAGGAGGCGGCAGGCGAGGAAGAGGACGACCACAUGGAGUUUUGCCGAGUUUGCAAGGACGGCGGCGAGUUGCUGUGUUGCGACGCUUGCCCGUCUUCUUACCACAUCCACUGCCUCAACCCGCCACUGCCCGAGAUACCCAACGGGGAAUGGCUAUGUCCACGCUGUAUGUGCCCACCCCUAAAAGGCAAAGUGCAAAAAAUAAUGCACUGGACGUGGGGUGAGGCACCACUCCCAGCCGAGAUGCCACCAGGCGUGGACGGGCAGCCGCCCGUGGACCCCCUGAGCAAGCCGCCCCUUAAGGGCCACCCCGAGAGAGAGUUCUUGGUCAAGUGGGCCGGACUGUCCUACUGGCAUUGCUCCUGGGUCAGCGAGCUGCAGUUGGAACUGUACCACACGGUGAUGUACCGCAACUACCAGCGUAAGAACGACAUGGACGAGCCACCGCCGUACGACUACGGCUCGGGUGAGGAGGAGCUCAACAGUGACAAGCGCAAGAGCAAAGACCCACAGUACGCCGCCAUGGAGGAGCGCUUCUACAGAUACGGCAUCAAACCCGAGUGGAUGGUCAUCCAUCGCGUGCUUAACCACAGCUUUGACAAAGAUGGUGACGUGCACUAUCUGAUCAAGUGGAGGGACCUCCCAUACGACCAGUGCACAUGGGAGGUGGAUGAAUUCGACGUCCCUGAAUACAACAGCCAUAAAGCGGCCUACUGGGACCACAGGGAGCAAAUCUUAGGGGAGGACCAGCGCCCCGCGGUGGUGUCAAAAGGAACUCAGCGGAAAGACGAGCACUCAAAGCGAGAGACCCCACCAGACGCCCCCAUCAUCGAUCCGACCAUCAAGUUCGAACACCAGCCGUGGUACAUCAACGCCACGGGAGGCACGCUGCACCCGUACCAGCUGGAGGGUCUCAACUGGUUGCGCUUCUCGUGGGCGCAGGGCACCGACACCAUCUUGGCUGAUGAGAUGGGCCUGGGCAAGACGGUGCAGACCAUCGUCUUCCUCUACUCGCUCUACAAAGAGGGUCACUCCAAGGGUCCCUUUCUGGUGAGCGCACCCCUGUCGACCAUCAUUAACUGGGAACGUGAGUUUGAGAUGUGGGCCCCUGACUUCUACGUGGUGACCUACACGGGAGACAAGGACAGUCGCGCCAUCAUCCGGGAGAACGAGUUCACCUAUGAGGAUAGUGCCGUCAAGUUGGGACGCAAAGCCUUUCGCAUGAAGAAAGAUACGCCCAUCAAGUUCCAUGUUCUGCUGACAUCCUAUGAGCUGAUCACCAUCGAUCAAGCCAUUUUGGGAUCCAUCACAUGGGCUUGCCUAGUGGUGGACGAAGCCCACAGGCUGAAGAACAACCAGUCAAAGUUUUUCAGGAUUCUCAAUGGAUACAAAAUCUACUACAAGCUGUUGCUCACCGGAACGCCGCUUCAGAACAACCUUGAGGAGCUAUUCCAUCUACUCAACUUUCUCACACCAGAUCGAUUCAAUAACUUGGAAGGCUUUCUGGAGGAGUUUGCCGACAUAUCCAAGGAAGACCAGAUCAAGAAGCUCCACGACCUGCUGGGCCCGCACAUGCUCAGGAGGCUCAAGGCUGACGUCUUCAAGAACAUGCCCGCCAAGACGGAGCUCAUCGUACGAGUGGAACUCAGUCCCAUGCAGAAGAAAUACUACAAGUUCAUCUUGACGCGAAACUUUGAGGCUCUAAACUCCAAAGGAGGUGGCAACCAAGUGUCCCUACUCAACAUCAUGAUGGACUUGAAGAAGUGCUGCAACCACCCUUAUCUUUUCCCUGUUGCCGCUGUGGAGGCUCCUGUCUUGCCCAACGGCUCGUAUGACGGCAACCAGCUGGUGAAGUCGUCGGGAAAACUGACGCUGCUGCAGAAGAUGCUGAAGAAGCUCAAAGACGAAGGCCACAGGGUACUCAUUUUUUCACAGAUGACAAAGAUGUUGGAUCUCCUAGAGGACUUUCUAGAGUUUGAGGGUUAUAAAUACGAGCGCAUCGACGGCGGUAUCACCGGAGGUCUGAGGCAAGAGGCCAUUGACCGCUUCAAUGCACCAGGUGCUCAGCAGUUCUGCUUCCUACUUUCAACCCGGGCCGGUGGUCUGGGAAUCAAUCUAGCCAGCGCUGACACUGUCAUCAUCUACGACUCUGACUGGAAUCCUCACAAUGACAUCCAAGCUUUUAGCAGAGCGCACCGCAUCGGGCAGAACAGGAAGGUGAUGAUUUACCGCUUUGUGACGCGAGGAUCGGUGGAGGAGAGGAUUACUCAAGUGGCCAAGAGGAAGAUGAUGCUGACCCACUUGGUGGUGCGGCCCGGCCUGGGUUCCAAGACGGGUUCCAUGUCCAAGCAGGAGCUGGACGACAUCCUCAAGUUCGGGACGGAGGAGCUGUUCAAGGACGAGAUGGAGGCCGCUCGCAACAUGGGGGGCGACACCAAAGACGGCGAGGAAGGCAACGUGAUCCACUACGACGACGACGCCAUCUCCAAACUGCUUGACCGUAGCCAAGACGCUACCGAGGACACAGAGAUCCAGAACAUGAACGAGUACCUCAGCUCCUUCAAGGUGGCCCAGUAUGUGGUCAAAGAGGAGGAUGGAGAGGAGGAAGUGGAGCGAGAAAUCAUCAAGCAGGAGGAGAACGUAGACCCGGACUACUGGGAGAAGCUCCUGCGUCAUCACUACGAGCAGCAGCAGGAAGAUCUGGCGCGCAACCUGGGCAAGGGCAAGCGCAUCCGGAAACAAGUCAACUACAACGACACCACCCAAGAGGACCAAGAGUGGCAGGAUGAUGUUUCAGACAACCAGUCGGAGUACUCAGUGGGGUCCGAGGACGAGGACGAAGACUUCGAGGAGCGGCCGGAAGGUGGGCGUCGACACUCUCGCCGUCAUCUGAGGAACGACAAAGAUAAGCCCUUGCCCCCCCUGCUGGCCAGAGUCGGCGGUAGCAUCGAGGUGCUUGGCUUCAACGCCAGGCAGAGGAAAGCCUUCUUGAAUGCCAUCAUGCGGUGGGGCAUGCCUCCUCAGGAUGCCUUCACCUCCCACUGGAUAGUGCGAGACCUCAGGGGAAAGAGUGAGCGAGAGUUCAGAGCCUACGUGUCUCUGUUCAUGAGACAUCUGUGCGAACCGGGCGCCGACGGGGCCGAGACGUUCGCGGACGGCGUCCCACGUGAAGGCCUGUCGCGACAGCACGUGCUCACCAGAAUCGGGGUCAUGUCUUUGGUCAGAAAAAAGGUACAAGAGUUCGAGCAUGUAAAUGGAAAGCUGAGCUCGCCAGACUUGAUCCCCAUCGGUAUGGAGCUAAAGAAGCUGACCGAUAGCGUAUCGUCAGACCCCAACACCCCGCUGCAGGCCAGCCCGGUUGCCACACAGCCCGGGACACCAAACCCACCAGAGAGGACGGAGGGUCCAGCUGAGGACAAAGACACAGCUGAGCAAGACGGCAAGAAACAAUCAGAACAGGAAGUGAGUCAAAACCGACAGGCAGAACCGACGAUUCCCCGUGAAGACGAGGAGGAGGAGCCUCAUCGACAAGAGGAAAAGGAAGCAGCCGAUGGCAACGAGAGCAAGACGGCUUCCGAGGAGAAAACGGGAGGAGACGACAAGGGGGAAAAAACGGACGAGAGGGCGACCAAUCAGGACUCGCCGAAAAGCGAGAGUCAGCCCAAAGAGCCUGAGAAGACUUCAGAGGGACGAGAUGGAGAUGAGAAGGGGAGCAAAACAGGGAAAGGCGACGAUGAUGUUAAAAGCGAGGACACCCCUUCUGCUGCUGUCCCGGACGCUCGACUAAACGGCGACAAAGACCCACCUGAAGAUGUGGACGACACCAAAAAGGAGGAGAAGAUCGGAUUCAAAACCAAGUUCAUGUUCAACAUCGCUGAUGGCGGCUUCACAGAGUUACACACACUUUGGCAGACGGAAGAGCGAGCGGCGCUGUCGUCCGGCAAGAUGGCGGAGAUCUGGCAUCGUCGCCACGACUACUGGCUGCUGGCGGGGAUUGUCACACACGGCUACGCGCGCUGGCAGGACAUCCAAAACGACCCACGUUACGCCAUCCUCAACGAGCCCUUUAAGACGGAGAUACACAAAGGCAACUAUUUGGAGAUGAAGAAUAAGUUCCUCGCUAGACGGUUCAAGUUACUGGAACAGGCGCUGGUAAUCGAGGAGCAGCUCCGGCGCGCGGCCUACCUCAACAUGAGUCAGGAUCCCGGGCACCCCGCCAUGGCGCUCAACACCCGCUUCACUGAGGUGGAGUGCCUGGCCGAGUCCCACCAGCACCUCUCCAAAGAAUCACUCGGCGGCAACAAGCCCGCCAACGCCGUUCUGCAUAAAGUGCUGAACCAGUUGGAGGAGCUCCUCAGCGACAUGAAAGCCGACGUGACGCGGCUCCCCAACAUGCUGUCACGAAUCCCGCCCGUGUCGGCUCGCUUGCAAAUGUCCGAGCGCAGCAUUCUGAGCCGUCUCACCAGUCGGGGUGGCGAACCUCCGCCGCAGCAGACUUUCAGCCAAGGGGGAUUCACCUGCUCCCAGAUGUACGGAAGCACAUUUGGGGGUGCGUUCAGGGGACCCGGGGGGCAGCCCAUGGUCAAUUACAGUCAGAUGCCUCUGGGGCCGUACGUCAGUGUUUCAAACGGUCCGCCCAGCAGCCACCUAGACAAGAAGACGUUCGAGUCCCUGCGAGACGCGGCCACGCCCGACCUCAAGUCCGGAAAGGCGAGCGAUGUCAUCUGCAUCGAGGACUGAGACGCUUUCUCUCCCGCGUUUUCAUUUGCUGACAUAUUGAAUCUCAAGAAUUGCACUUUGACCUUUGCAGAGGUUUUUUAACUUAAUAUUUUGACUGAAAAAAAAACACCCUCCGACGAGAUGUCAGGACUGAGGUAAAGUGUGACUUUUCCUCAAUUUUUUUUUUUUUUUAACGCAGUAUUCGUCAUUCAUGUCGUGUUGAUUAUUUCGAAAACCUCUUCAUGUAUGCAGUACAUGCCCGGAAAUGCGCCUCCUGCUUGUUGCGACGGUCUUUACCUCACAUGGAUGGUGUUGUGGGUGACACCUGCAGGACUUUUGAUGCAUUGCAGCGUGUUCGGUUUGUACCCGACUCGGGAUAUUUUUGUGAUUUGAAUGUUAGUGACUGCACUCUGAAUGCGGAGGCUGCUUUUUGGUUUAGUUUGAAGAAUGCGACGGGACCAUCAGAGCUAUGUUUUGGCUUCAGUCCUUCAUGAACAUGUGCGCUUAUGUUUGAAAUCGAGAAUGCUGUCUGUUUUAAAGGCUUGAAUCCCUAACUGGAAACCCAAAUUUUAAUCCAUAACCUCUGUUAGAAAAUUUAAUCCAGUCACUUUGACGGCAUCAUCAAGUCAUUACCUAAUUUAAAAAUCCGUAACCCUGGUUUAACAACUAUAACCUAUACAGUUUGAAGAUAGCAACGGGACCAUUACUUCAUUUUGACCAUAACAUUAGUACAGUGGUUCUUAACCUGGGUUCGCGCGAGCCCCAGGAGUUCGGUGAGUAAGUCUAAGGGGUUCGGCGAAGGUUAAGACACAGAGGCUAAAGGCAAAGUGUCGUUUUAAACCAGGUUUUGGACUGGUUUGCACCCUAUUUACAGGCUUUAUUCUAUUUCUUUCAACUGCUAGUCUUCUAUCCAAUGGGAGGAGAAGAUGGUUCGCUCAGUGGAAGGUUGACUCACACUUGGUAUGAGGAAGCAUAACCAGAGGUGGGUAGAGUAGCUAAAAACUUUACUCAAGUAAAAGUAGUCAUCACUCAACUACAAUAAAAGUAUUAGGCGAAAAGUAUUGAGUAACAUUGUGAGUAACUGCUUACAAUGUCAGAUUUUUUUAAAAAAACUGUGGUAUAUUUUUUUCUUAGCAUAUCAUUUUUAUGAACUGUUAUAAGAGGUGUCCAAUACCGGUAGUCCCCGGGUUACAAUGUACUCGACUUACGCGAUUUUGACUUUACGACGCCGGCAUCUCGUCCGCCAUUUUGUCUUCAGUCAGUCGCACUUGAUAUGAGGAAAUAUAACCAGAGGUGGGUAGAGUAGCUAAAAACUUUACUCAAGAAGUGUUACUUCAGAAUAAUAUUAUUCAAUCAAAAGUAUUCAUCACUCAACUACAAAAAAGUAUUAGGCGAAAAGUGUACUCAAUAAGUAACCAUUUUAAUAAUUGCUUACAUUGUCAGAUUUUUUAAAAUAAAGUUUUUUUUUUUUUUUUUUUUUCUUAAGUAAAAGUAGUCAUCACUCAAGUACAAAAAAAAGUAUUAGGCAAAAAUUAUUGAGUAACAUUGUGAGUAACUGCUUAAAAUGUCAGAUUUUUUUCAUAACAGUGGUAUAUUUUUUUCUUACCAUAUCCUCUUUUUGAACUGUUAUAAGAGGUGUCGAAUACAGGUAGUCCCCGGGUUACAAUGUACUCGAUUUACGCGAUUUUGACUUUACGACGCCGGCAUCUCGUCCGCCAUUUUGUCUCCAGUCAGUCGCACUUGAUAUGAGGAAAUAUAACCAGAGGUGGGUAGAGUAGCUAAAAACUUUACUCAAGAAAUGUUACUUCAGGUAAGAAGUGUUACUUCAGAAUAAUAUUACUCAAUCAAAAGUAUUCAUCACUCAACUACAAAUAAGUAUUGGGCGAAAAGUGUACUCAAUAAGUGGGGUGGCGUGGCUCAGUGGUAGAGUAGUUGUCCCCAUAACCAGAGGCUGUGGGUUCGAUUCUCCACCCUGAUGAACUCGUCUAAGUGUCCUUGAGCAAGAUACUGAACCCCACGUUGCUCCUGGUGCUGCGUCACCAGUAGGUAGAUGGCCAGAUAGUGUAAAGCGCCUUGAAAGGUGGAAAAGCGCUAUAUAAGUGUAACAAUGUUAAUAACUGCUUACAUUGUUGGAUUUUUUUAAAUAGUGGUAUUUAUUUUUUUUUUUCUUAGCAUAUCAUUUUUAUAAAAUGUUCUAAGAAUUUUCCAAUACAGGUAGCCCCCGGGUUACGAUGUACUCGACUUAAAUGAUUUCGACUUAUCAGCAUCUCAUCCGCCAUUUUGUCUCCAGUAAUUUUUUUUUAGUCUCAUAGACAGCAUCUUACGAUAUCUUAUUUUUUACAUUACCUUAUUAAUAUGAUGUGUUCUGUCUGCCUUUCCAACAUUAUUCAAAACAAUUCUUAAAAAAAAAUUCUAGCAUUAUUAUUAUAGUACACUAUACAAUAGUAUAAUUAUAAUAAUUAUUCAUUGCCAAUCAUAUUUGUCAUAAAGAGUAUCAUUCUUCGUGUAAAAUCUGUAUUCUGUAGUAUUUACUCAACAUAUUAUAAUAUUAAUUCUGAAGUAUGUGGGAUUAACUCCAGAAAUCUUUGUUUAUAUGACGAACAUGACGUGCUUUUAUUUUGAAAUGUUCACCAGAGGUAUGUUCGCUAAACUGCAAACCGAAAGCUUUACACUCCGUAAAAAAACUUUCUUCAUCAUUGCUUUUGGUGUCACUAAUAGAUUUAAUUUUUUUCCGUUAGCAAAUGCUGUUAACCAGCUGUUGAGUGUUAUUGUAUGACUGAUUGAAGCUGUACUGCAUUGUUUUGCCACAGAGUGUGCUGUCGUGUAUUUUAUGUUCGGUGUGAAGAAGAAAGUUAAAAGAGGCAUUAGCGGCCUCCGGCCUGUUCUCAACUUCUCCCACACUGCACUUUGGCUCUCAUGGAGAGCACGUACGCUCAUGUGUUCGAAAUCAACGAUAGCCGACGUGCAAAGUAGCAAGUGAGCUGUAAAAAUAGCGAGCUUAGCGGGGUGAAAAACGCAGGAGAGCUAAGUGAAGCUAACGAACACCUAAGCGGAGCUAAGCAAUGCUAAACGGAGCUAAGCGAAGCUAAACAGCGCUAAAUGAAGCUAAGCGACUGAUACUCAGUCCGUCGUCGUGGAACAAUCCAUUGUAGUGCGUGUGUGUUGGGGGGGUAAUAUAAAUGCAGCAUUCAAAUGGCUUUCUUUUUGUUUUGUUAUUUGUUUGUUUGGUAUGCUAACAUAAUUAUACAUGACGAAUAGUUGGGGGUGCUGCUGGCUCCGGUGACCCAAGCCCUUGCUCGUUGGGGCAAGGGCAGCUGGUUGGGGGCCUAGGGCGAUCGCCUACUUCGCCUGAAAAGAUCCGCCUAUGGGUAGAGCCACUGUGGAUAGCUCUGAUUGUUGACAACGUUCUUGCUAACAAUGACAAUAAAGUUCUAUUCUAUUAAAAAAUAAAGUCAAAUCGAAUUAGUAGAAUAAAGAGGAAGAAUGUAACGCCUCUCAUGUAGUCCAGAGUAGUGUUUCUUCUUCACGAAUCUAAAGUAAAAGUAUGUCGUGGUAAAACUACUCUUAGAAGAACAUUUUUCUAAAAAGUUACUCAAGUUAAUGUAAUGGGUUACUAACCCACCCACCUCUGGUUAAGAACCACUGAGUUGGAUAUUAGCUUGCUAGCUUAGCUAUAUCGGUUCUGAAUUUUAAAAAAAAGUUGCAUUAUUAUUAAAUUCUUGAGGGUUCGGUGAAUGCACAUGUGAAACUCAUGGGGUUCGGUACCAUUAGGAAGGUUAAGAACCACUGCAUUAGAACAAAAAACUCACCCUUGCAGUUUUUUUCAGCAUGGAUGCGAAAUUCUCGCUUCAGUCCUCCAUGAACAUGACUUGUUUCGUGUAUAUUUAAUACCGUAAUGCUAAUCCUCUCUUUAGAACCUGGGACCAACACGUAGUUUUUAUCUCCUCAUUUGUAGUUAGCCGGUUUGGGUUAGGUUGUAAAAGAACCACGACAGGACCAUCAAAGUUUAGUUUUCCGUUUCCGAAAGUUUUUGGUUUUGUGACAAAUUAUGGUUGUUGAUUGUAAACACAACAAACAAACACACCUGGUCGUUUUUUUAACAUACAGCUCGGUUUUUGCCCCACGAUUGUGGUUUUCCUGAUACGAAAGCGCCCAAACCUUAUUGUCUCUUCCCAUCCAAGCAGACUAUUUAUUUCAUUCCAUGUGAAAGCUUUUUUGUUGCACUAUCGUUUUUGUUCUUGUCGCAAACGACUCGCGUUACAGACGAAACCUCAGAAACGUGUAAAUAAGGUGCCGAAAUCCCCAUGAAAAUAAGAUGAAUGUCCGCAAGGUGACCUCGAAAGGAACGCCGGAGACAACGUAUUCUGAUCAAAUGCAAUCAAACUGAAGUCAGGACGAAUGUACUAAAAAAAACAAACAGACUUCAGUCUAAUAUAAAUAUUGCAUAUGUACAUGCUUCUAUUGAACAUGGCUUCAAAAGCUAGGAAAAAAAAGAACAAAAAAGACCUUGACGAGGCACCUUUUGUUGCAGCGAAUGCACAGCUUCUGAAGCUUUUUUUCUAUGGCGGUUCACUUUGGGGCUGGGGGGGGGGGCGUUUUGAUGAAGACGACGCAUACGGUCUUCUUCUGACUUGUGCUGUGAAGGGACUGGACCACAAAGUGAACGGUCAUCUUUUGAUUUGUACUGUGGUUUUGUUUCAUUGUGUUUUAAUAAAUCUUCUGAUGACAUGUUCUGUAUGCGCUUGUCAAUGUCAACUAAAACUUGGUUCAUGUUGAGUGUUUUGUGACAUUUAGAGGAAAUUAAUUGCUAGUUACGGUAUUUGUUAACACUUUAUUUGACAG